AUAGAGCACUGUAUCGCAUUUGAAGAAAGAAUACAUUCUACAAAAUGUCUGGAAAUCAUUUUCCGGCACUUUGUGGAAUAUUUGUUAUACUGACAUGUGUUUCUUCAAGUUUUAUUAACUUUGAACCGGGAUUUGAGUACCAGUACAAGUAUGAUUCCAACGCAAACGUGAAAAAUCUUGGAGAUUUUCAAGUAUUAGCCAAGGUCGGCUACAUCAAUGUUGGUGACAGCGUGGACAAACAAGAGAUCUACGUAAAGGUGUAUGCUCUGGAGCUGAAGACCAAACACUCAGAGGAUACCAUUGGCCAUCAUUUGGACUUCUCGAAAUGGUUCUCGUUUGUGAUCACGCCCCAAGGCGAGAUUCUCCACGUCUACCACCCUCCCGACGACGACGAUGAAGCUGUUGCCAUGAAGAAAGGAGCCGCCGCCAUGUUCGCGUCUCGUCUCCACCACGCCACUGAUGGUCAGGUGUAUGCAACUGACGACGGCUGGGGUUAUCACGUGAGAGAAACUGGACAUGAGGGUCCUCACAACGCCACCUACUCCGUACGGCCAACUCACACAGGUCACGUGUUCACCAAGACGAGACAUCCGGGUCACCACCCCAUCGAGCACGCGACAUCAGAUUAUACCAAGACGCUGUAUUACGACACUGCCCUUGGAACAAUGCACACCAUUCAAGUGAAGGAGAAGUUCCGGGUUAUGCAUAAGACUGCAGAAGGAUAUGACCCGUAUGAAAACAGUCGUCCCGUCAAGGCGGUCAACAACUUCACAGAAAUGGAAUUACCCGAGAUGUCAGCGCAAGGUACAGGAAAGCUGGUGUUCCUCAGCAAACACAAGGUAGUCAAUACUCCCAGCAGACCAAAGACAGACAUCAACACGGCGUCCAUUCAUAUCAAACAGGUGAAGAGAAAGAAGGCAGCAGUCAGUGAGAAGGAAUACCUAAAGUUUGAGCAGUACAUGAAGGGGAACCUCACGUGCAUGCGAAACGAGCCAGAUAAAGGUUCGAAAAAAUUGAACAAAUGCUUCACUGAACUUGUUGCCGUUCUCCGGGACUUACCUGACAAACAGUUGACUCUCCUUGCCAAACGCUACCUGACCGACAGGCCGAGACUGACUAAGACCUUCAAGGACCAGAACCACAUGUUUGAUGCUAUCGCUGGUCUGACCACAGACCUGUCUCAGCAGCUUCUGCUGGACCUUGUCCUCAACAGAUCCAGACCCGACUCCUCCCUCGUUAAGAGAUUCAUGUUCCACAUCGUCUCCCUUGAUGAACCACCGAUAGACGACAUCAUCACAAAACUGAAGAGCCUGUGUUUUGAGCGGGAGAAGGCCCCCGAGGCUUUACAAGAACACGAAACAUAUAACAGGAUGGUGCUGGCGUUGGGGGCGGUUGCUAGGCGACUGUUGGACGCUGGGAGGAAGGAGGAGGCGGUUGAUAUUGUCACGAAGUUGGAGGGAUGGCUUGGAGUACAUGAUCCCUGGCUUUUCCGCACAAAGCGAUCCACCAUGACAGAAAUUGAAGUCCUUGAUGACGACCGCUGGAGAGUUAUCUUGCUGGGAUCUCUGGGUAAUGCCGGUCUCGACCAAUCAUUUGAGAUGAUUGUGUCACAUGUCAACACAACCAACUCUCAGUGGGUGAAGCGGGCUGGGAUACACGCCUUAAGGAAGUACCAACAAGAAGGGGCAGCACAUCUGAUGUUGAAGACAGCCCUGUACGAUGACGACGAGAAGGUCCGAUAUGAAGCCCUGCUACAAUACCAGGCUCACCCAAAGGCAGCGAGAAUAGCUCCCAUGUACAGAGAAGAAGGUCCCAUGAAUGGAUCCAUUUUUCACGUGGAUCCUCGAUAUGUUGGCAAACGGGACAUUGAAGUACACCAUCGAAGUAAAAGGGGCUUCGGUAACCUUCAGAUCAAAGUGGCCUCACCGAUCGUAGACUGGAAGAAGAUGCUUGGAUCCACAACCAUUGGAGCUUCCUUUGGACUCAUCAUGAACAACGCUUUAGACUUCAAGAUAGCGCCUUUGGGUGCACAUACGAAAGUGAACAUCCAGGAUGAAGCGUACGCCCGCAUCCACCUUGGUUUCAUGAAAAAGAACCUGGAAUUCUUUCUGGCGAGGAUCUGCUUCAAGGGAGAAGCUUCUUACAAUCUGAACAUGCUGCAGGAAUUUGGCGUGGAAAAACUCCAGGAACUGGCGAAACUCUACGACGCUGUUAAGAGUGAAGCUGCUGCUGCUUUAAUGAAAGGUCUGGAACUCUUCAAGAGCAUCAUCGAUGGGGAGUUCUCGCUUGCUGACAUGAUAGAAGGUUUCAGGACGGCGCUUGAGGAACUUCCAGAUAAGGUUAUCAGUGCUGGGAAGAAGGCAUCAGACGCUAUGGAUGGACUUGGUCAGCUGGACGAGAAACAGUUGCCUCCCUUUGCUAAACCUGCCACGGACCUGGUGUUGAAAAUCACAAACCUUUACAAUGACGUGAAGUCAUCGGUCCUUAGCUUUUACAAUCAACUGAUGGAGACUGUGACGAUUAUAAUACCCAGGGCAGGGAAGAUGAUCUAUAAGUCUAUCAAAGCUAUCAUUGAUAGCUUCAGGACGUUCAACAAAGACCCCAAACAGGCCAUUUCUACUGUCGCUGACAACAUCAUCACUAUUGGCCGAGAAGUAAAUAAUCUGGUCGAUGUCCUUAACAAGGCCAAAAAUGCAAUAUAUACAACCCUUGACAAAACUCCUGACUGGAUGGACCUAGGUUCGAAGGUGCUUGAGAUAGUGGAGGCAGCGGCUAAAGCAAAGACGGCGCUGCUUGAAGUCGGGGAGAAAUGGAUCAAGGAGGUUGUAAAAGGGAGGAAGGACCCUGUAGCGGAGUUUUCCAAGGGGAAGAGUAACGUGACUGCGAUGAGACAGAAGGUGGUGACCAUGAUGGCGGACAUUGUUGAUGAUGUCCUGGCUCCUCUUGAACCUCUAAGAAAUCUGGGAAGGAAGUUCGUGAACACUUUCCAGAAGGUGUUUGAUCUCAUCAAAACUCUGAAGGAAGCUUACAACACUCUGAAGGAAGGAUACCGAACGGCCCGCUCUCUUAUCGACCGUGUUUUCGGACCCAAAUGUCACAAGGAGUUCCCCCGAACCCUCCGACUCGCUGGGGGAGGAUGCGAUGGGAAUGGCAGCUACCCCUCUGAACUGAAGAAUGGAGAUGAAUACGAGCAUGAAGGAAUAGAUGUGACAAUAUCUCCUGGCAAAGAGAUUGUGGCUCCGGUUGCUGGAAACAUCAUGCUGUCUGACAAAUCUCAUGAGGUCAUCAUCAUCCCGAAUGCAGGAUCUCUUAAGGAAACGGAGGUCAUCAUCACAAACAUCAACCCAAACAGUUCCCUAAGCAUCCAGCAUCCAGGUGACUCUACAUAUGUGGACAAUCCAGUGACUGCUGGACAGAAGAUAGGCGUGGCUGCCAACUCCCCGUGUGUGGGUAACGAACACAUCCAUUUCUCCCUGAAAAGGAAGGGCAGCUAUGUGGAUCCUACACACUAUCUGGAAGACAGGGUCCUGAAGGUCCCAGAGUGGGUGCAAGAAUGUGACGACUUCAAGGUGGUGUUUAAGGAUGAUACUAUAGCCGAGAACUGCAUCAUCUGUCCAAACGGUAAAGACAAGAAUGACACCAGUCCAGAGAGAAAAGGAGCGGAAGUUGACAAACCAGAGGACCUUGAUUCCUCAAAAGAUCCUUCCCCUGUUGCCGACGCAGUAAAGAAAAAGCCCAAUUCCAUGUUCCAAAGGAUGCAGUCUCGAAAACCACAGAUAAAAAGAAAGACGAAGAAAACAAAAGAUCGCGCUCUGGCAACGCUUUUCGGGAAGACUAGUGCCUUUUUGAAGAAAUUCUCCAUUCGCACCCUGAAAAUUGGGAGUGUCUUUGAUACAAUUGAGAUUCUCGACCUUGACGAGAGUAAGAAGAUAAUGGAAGAGAUCAUAAAAACAAUACAGGAGAUGAUUAGCAACAAGCCGUGUUUCAACCCGUACCAGAUGACGAAUGACCAGCUGAGGACGGAGCUGACCGAGAAGGGGAUGAGGGCAGAGGGGACUCGGGAACAAAUGAUCAACUCCCUCACCACGCCAUCAAACACCUGUCCGCUCAUGAAGAUCUCGAUGCCUGACAACAUCUACUGUACAUUUGACGACAAAUGUCUUGGACUGGAAUGCUGUGUACAUUUCAACCUCUUCAUGUUCAGAACAACAUAUAAGAUGUUUGCCAGGUUUGACCCAUGUGACUUGAAAUUUUCUGUCGGUGCUGGGAAGUUCAACACGUCCAUUGGAAUUGAAAGUGUCCUGAAGGAUGUGUAUGCAGGUUUGGAAAAGACUAUUCCGACUAAUGUGAAACUGGACAUACUGGGAGGAAUAGAGCUACUCAUCAGAAUGAAGCUGGAGAAGGAUGACACGGCUGUUUAUAUCACCGUGGGCGCCGGCUUUUGUUCCCAGGACGACUACGACAACUGCAUCGCAUUCUUCAACAUCCUGGACGAGUUUCCAACACCGCUACCGAUAUGUCAUCCAGAUGGCUCAAUAACCUGGCCAGACGUUGACUACAGGAGCUUGUUAGAUAAGGAAUCAAUCAAGAGACGAAUUCGGGAAAGUGCCGAAAAGAUUGCCAAGGAUGCUGUAAAGAAAGGCAUAGAAGAACUCCUUGAUGUAAUCCCGUGUAUAUCACCCGAUGCUCCAGGCAAGGCAGAUCCCUGUCCCAGACCCGAGGCCCUGACUCGGGAUAUCCUCAAACAGAAGCUACUACAGCGAGGACUGCAGAUCACAGGCACGAGAGACGAACUGGAACAGAGGCUUACGGUUGGACACAGAACUUGCAGAUUGAUGAACAGGACAGUGACCCUACCAACAAUUAAGAACGACAAGAUAAACAAGAUCGUGUACAUGGAGAUAGCACCGAACUGUCUGCGGUUUGAUGCAUGUGUUGACAUUAGGAUUAAGAAGCUGAAUUUCAACAAGGCUGUCAACGCUUACAUACAACUAGACCCGUGUAAAUUCACAAUGACCGUCAACUUUGAGGACUGCACUGAGACAGUUAUCCUCCUGGGAUACGACUGGGGGAAAGAGAAGACCACAAGAUUGAACGAAUGGGUUUCCAUAAGGUACACCAUUGACAGGAGUGAAGCAAGGAAGGUGUUCGUGGUUGACAUGGGUUUACAAAUCAGUGUUGGAGAGUCGGAACCGAUUCUGAAUGACUUGUUGAUCGAAAACGUAGAUGUACCAAUACCUAUUUGUAAUGAAAACUUCUCUCUUCCGGGAAACGGAUCUCUGAAUAGCCUUGCAAAACAAAUGGGAGGAAAGCUUAUCAGAGAGGUGGUAGAUGUGGUGUUUCGAAAACUGGGACUGGAUAAGAUUCUGUUAGACGGGCGCUGUACAGCAUUAACGCCUCAACCAGACUGCCCUUCGGCCCCUGCAGACUACAAGAAUCUUCUACCCGCCAGUUUCCAUGACAACGUCAACUGUGAACUGCCGGACAACUGUUUCGGUAUAGAAUGUUGCGUGGACUUCUCGUUUGACAUCCCACUGUUUGAGAACCCCCUCGUCAAACACGUCCCCUUCUUCCUGAAGUUUGAACCGUGUAACUUCAUUGUGGAGGUCGGCUUUGGGAGCUACUACCACAGGGAAAGGCUGUUGACAUACAACUGGGGGACAGAAAAUCAACUGCACAUUGGCAAUGGCAACCCAUCACCAGUAGUCAUCAAGUUUAAGAUCUCCAAGUAUCCCAAAGGCUUCCUUGUUGACCUGAGUGUCCACACAUGUAUCCCCAUCGAUGGUGACCGUUUCUGUUACCCAGAAGGAGGAAUGACGCUGAUGAAUCAGGAGAAGAUACCCGUCUGUGAUGCCAAUGCGCUGGUGGAGUUCACAAAACAAAAUUUCUCAGUUUCUGAUUGGCUACGCGACCUUAAUCUUGACGUCAACUUGAAGUCCCUCUCUCAAGCGGCUGCCAGGUUAUUAUUAGAUCGCUUUGGCAUCUCUGAAAUCCUGCUGGAUGACAGAUGUGAUGCUUCUAGAACACCAUACAAGCCAAGUGUAAACGGGUGGAGGAAUGAAUGCCCGAAGAGUAUAAGCAAGCUGCCCAAUCUUCCUAGCGGUCUGUACUGCCACCUAGCGGACACGUGCACCAAGAUAAACUGUUGUUUCCACGUCCCCUUCCUGGAGAUGUCCUUCAACGCCGUCCUCAACGUCGAUAUGUGCGACUACGUCAUUUAUGCCGCCAUUGAAAACAAAACCAGGACUUUGGGAAUUUUAGGGAAUGGCAUUGACCUCAAUGCUGGUACAUCACUGACGCUGGAUAUCGCGGAUGUCUUCCAGAUGAAGUUUGGUUUGAAGAAGAAAGACAAGGUUCUACUACUUGACCUUGACAUUGAGGUUUGUUUGGAGAAGGAUUCCUGCCUUGUUUCCGCGCCGAUCAUGAAGGGAACUGAAGUUCCACAGCUUGUCUGCAACCUUGAUGCUACUUUACUGAAAGGUGUCUCCUUGGAUUUCUGGAAGUCGGAAAAUUGUACUCUACAAACUUCCGCUUGUCCUGCAUCUCCGCCUGCCACGAUGUCGAGCACCUGUCGUCAUACUGACAACUGCAAGGGCAUCACGUGUUGUGUGGACGUCGACCUGAAGUACCUCGGAAUCUAUUCCAUCAAUGCUGGCUUCGUGGUUGACCACUGCAAUGACCAGCUUAUGUAUCAUAUAGAGAACAAGGAGUGGACAAAGAAGCUGCAGGCUGUGGACUAUGACAAAAAUCACACUGAGUCAAUUGGCAACGCCAUCACCGUGAGCUACGUGAUCAGCAAAACCGCAUCCUCAUAUGAAGUGUCAUUCCACGUCAAGCUCUGUGUCAUGAACGUGCACGACCUCAUCAACAACUGCUACUACUACGAACUCCUUGAUGAAAUGAUGUUCCAGAUACCGUCUUCAUGUUCGCCUGUUGGACGAAGAAGGAAAAGAAGAAGUCCUUUAGACCUAAUGCAUACAGGCAAUGCCAAACGGAUCCUUAAUCAUGCUAUGAACCAGAAGUUUACAAAUGAAGAAAUCAAGGAUCUGUUAGAAAGACUGGAGGCUGAAGCAAAGAGGGACAACUCACUGAUGAUGACACGCACUGAUAAAGAUGGCACAGCAACCAACACUAAGAGUGCCAUCAGAAAGAUGGGUAUAGCCAACCCAGGAACCAUUCUGUACUCAGGGGAAAUCGGCGAAGAAAACCUGGUUAGCGGCAUGGAAGGAGGCGAGAAGAUCAUGACGGUCCUGGGUCAGGUCACCGACAUCCUGGGUCGCGGGGACCAGGCCUACACUGUGGGGAAAGGUCUGACUUGGAAAGGACUGAAGCUGCUUGGUGCUAAAGUGGCCAACAUGAGCACUGGACAGAUCAUAGCCUUGUUUGAUGCCAAGAACAUCGACCCUGAACUUCCUCUUCGAUUGGCGAGACAACUGCGAGAUCUGGCUCUUGCCCUGUAUUCAGAUAUCAUCUAUGCUAUCACCAACGACGAUGGAACCAACGCAUUUAGCUCAUUUGACAUUACCCUUCAAGGAAAUUUUAGUAUACCAAGAAAAAGCACCAGUUUUUUCAAACGCACAAAAUACUUCCUGGUUGGGGGAAUUUUACCCAUGACGUUUGAGUUUGGGGCUGGAGCUUUCUAUGGAAUGGAUAUAGUUGUCGGAGCUAAGAUCCUUGGCAUGACGUUGUUUGGCGAAGUGAAGCCCUAUGGAGGUGCCAGUGUCUACGGAGAGCUUAGCAUUGGAGUAGUACUGUAUGGCAAGCUGAGAUUUGAUGGCUACCUCAUGAACAUUGCGUUCCCGUCCAGGGCUGAAAUAGGGUUCUAUAAGUUCCCACUUGAUUUAAGUCUGAAGAUGGACGUGGAGUUGGUUCCUCUGGAGUUGACUCUGAAAGGAUUAGUAACAUUGGAGAUCAAACUCAUAGCAAACAUCACGAUCAAGAAGACUUUGUACAAGGCAGAUAUCUGGCAAUAUGCCACUUCCGAGAUAAAGAAGAGACUGAUAGACACAGGCAAGAAGGAGGAGGACAAAUCUCCACCACAGUUCUUCAAGUACCUGUACAAUGCGGUGUUUUCUGGCCGAAAGAAGAGGCCAGUGUCCACAUCACAGAGCUGCUUAGUGAGACAACUCCCCAAUAGAGACUACACAGAACCGGCUGUAGAGAUAGCCAUAGCUGCCCAGGAUGACCGGAGUCAGGUCCAGAUCUUUGUGGAUGCUGGCACCAAACCUGGACUCAGUGAUGUACUCAGACAGUCCAGCCUUGGUGGACCAUCUGCUAUUAUCACUCAGCCUUUUCCCCAAAAUAGUCACGGUGUCCCAGUUUACUUCACGGUGUAUGGAGAGAACAGCGCAGGCGCGAGAUCCACCGUGACUUGCAGCAUCCCCACCUAUGACGUCACGCCCCCUGGUGGCAGAUUGACAGCGGACUUUAGUUCAACCAGUAACCCAGCUGAACUGAGAGGGAACGUGGUGGUGUAUGAAGAUUCCGAUCUGGUUAAAUCCUCUGUGGGUGUCGGACUGGGAAGGGGAAUCUACGCAGAUGAAAUAAUAGCCUACAGCUCGGUCAACCUGAAGGACAGAAACAAUGCACACUAUGACCCUUCAUCUGAUCAGUAUGGCGAUGAAGCGUUGAAACAUUUCACGGGUCUGAAGAAAGGUCGGCUGAUUGGCCCAGUGUUUGCCGAGUUCUUCAGGAUGAACCACACCCGUUCGUGUGUGAAGGAGUGUAUGAAGCUCCCGGCGUCCAAGUGUAUGAGCGUCAACUACGACUUUGGAAAAAGUGGACAUUGUGAACUGUUAGAAGGCAUUGAAGGACACGACCAUAAGAUCGUCAUUUCUGAUCAGUAUUCUCACUAUGAGAGGCUUGGAGUUGGUCUUGCCCACGAGUUCAUCUACAAGGAUCUGUCUCUACGUCGCGGGAUCAUGUACUACUUCAACCUUCAUCUUAUCAACAACCUCCAGUUUGAUUCCAUUCUCCAUAGCAAGGGGGUCGUGGUUGAUUUAACGCCUCCCGAACCAGGUCCACUGGCUAAUGUCAGUCUGGAUGUCCUGGAGGUGACCUCAUGUGAGAGUGUGGUUCCAGAUGACAGAUCAGACUGGGAAGUCAAGUGCCGCGGUGUCAACAGUCAGACGGAAAACCACAGGAUAAUUCAUGACGGCACUGGAUCAAAAACCGUUUUCAAUGGGGACGAACCCCUAACUGAUCUCUUAUACACCAGAGCAAACAAAUACGUAUCAGCUAACUGGGACGGCAUCACGGACAACGAGACGGGCAUACUGGGUUACUCCUUGACUGUAGGGACACAAAUCUGUGAGGAGCUGAUUCACCCCCAUCAUGACCCUCACAAGCACCUGCUGGACGAAUCAGAGUGGACCCACACUGGACUCAUCUCCCCUAUACCGGCUCCACACAACCCUCUCCCUGAUGGGAAAUACUACAUCACACUGAGGGCCUUGAACAAAGUUGACUAUGGAGGUCCACUUGUGACAACAAUCUGCCACACCACGCCGCUCGUGGUGGACAACUCACCACCACUCCUAUUUGAAGUCUACAACGUCUCCUAUGAUGAAGACACCUUCCUCAUCAAUGCGCAGUAUAACGCCAGGGACCCAGAUUCAGACAUCAGAGAAGCAGACUUGUGUCUUGGACGGACCAUACGUGACUGUCUUCACAUGGACUGGCAGAGGUCCUCCCACAAUGAUGGCGACAUCACCCGUCAGUUCCAGAUCCCGGGUGGAACUCCUGUCUGGAUUAAAGUCCGAGUCAUCAACAAUGUUGAUUUGAUGACAGUGGGCGUGUCCGACUAUCCGAUCAUAGUGGACAUAUCUCCUCCUGAACCAGGCAUUGUGUAUGACGGACCCUUCUUCAGACAUGACCUCAACUUUACCAAGGAUGCUGAUAAGAUCUGUGCGAACUGGUUUGGGUUCCAUGACCCCGAAUCGGGUAUUUCCCGCUACGAGGUGUCGGUUCUUGAUGACACAUACACAACGAUCUCCGAGCUGGUCAGUCUUGACCACAAGACACACGAUACCUGUGUCCAGCUGGGCUCUGACCACAGGCUCGAACACGGCAAGGCCUACAGAUGUUUCAUGACAGCGUUCAAUGCUGGCCACAAACAGCUGAACGUCUCAGCAAUGUCAGAUGGAGUGAUCGUGGAUCUGACUGCCCCUGUACCCGGUGAUGUUGUCGACGGUAUACGGGAAAGCUUUGUCGACGUUGAGUUCAGUGCCCACGUUGCUACAGUUGGAACCCAGUGGAGAAAUCAAAGUGACCCCGAGUCCGACAUAAGAGAGUAUGCUGUUCAGAUACUAAGAGCAAAAGGGCUGUCAUCAGAAUUUGAGGUAUUAAGAGACUGGAAGACUCUGUCCAAAGACAUCCGCCAGAUCGAGUUGCACAGCUUCCACCUGAACCAUCAGGACAUUGUCAAGACGAAACUGAAGACCAUCAACAACGCCCUGGGUUCUGUAGAACAGACAACAGAUGGGUUUGUGGUGGAUCUCAUUCCGCCCAGGAUGGUGUUCCUAGGUGAUGGACGUGAACAGAACAAAGACACGGACUUCCAGACAUCCACCACUACUGUUGAAGCCAACUUUCGGUUUAAGGACGACGAAUCCGGGAUGGAUCAUUACAAAUACCAGGUGUAUGAGCUUUACCAUGGGUCAAAACACCAGAUAUACCCAGAUUCAGAAGGUUGGGAGACCUCCAGCGACCCUAGCAUCACCAGCCUCAGUCAGUCAGGCUUGAGUCUCCGGCCGGGCGCACAGUACAGUGUGAGAGUCGGGGCCGUCAACAGAGCCGGGGCCGUAGCCACCUACGACACAAACGGCGUCCUUGUUGAUAAUACUCCACCUCAGAUGGAAUGGGUCUACGUUGGCAUUUUCUCUGGCAGUGAAGAAGAGUUGAUUGACGGUUACGUUAUCCAGUCUGACCCAAGCGCUAUCAAGGCCACCUGGUUUGCCACGGACAGUGAGAGUGGAAUCAAGUCGUACAUGGUCGCAGUUGGAACCACUAAUGGUGGAACCGAUAUCCUAAACUGGAAUGACUUUGGUUCUGACAGAGACAAAUACAUGGACGGGUUGACCUUGACCGUGACCGACCCUGACACAAUGACUCCUGUAUACUAUGUGUCUGUAAAGGCAAGCAAUGGAGCUAAUUUCACCAGUGACGUCAUCACGUCAAACCCCAUCCGGGUCGUUGACCAGGACAAAGCGGGCAUUGUCAUCGACGGCGCCGACUCCACCGAGAGAACUGACUUCAUGGGCAUCGGUAGCGACAUGGACCACCAGAAAGACACGGGAGUUGUGACGGUACAGUUUGCCGGGUUUGAGAGCCACGAGCACGGUGUGACGUACUAUGACUGGGCGAUUGGGACGACACCUGGUGGCGAGGAAGUGCAACCGUUCAUCAUGGCAGGCCUCAUACACGAAGAAGCAGAGGCCAAUGUUUCAGGAAAUGGUAUCGCCAGCAUGGGUUUUGGUCAGACUGUCCUCCCGCUGUCGCCCGGCACGACAUACUACACCACAGUUCGCGGCAUCACCAACGGUGGCAACAUCCUGGAAUCCACGUCAGAUGGAUUUACUGUUGAUAUCACUCCUCCUGACAUCCACAUGGAAAGCUAUGGCUCUGAGAGCAACCAGAGCAGACUGACCUCCACCACGACACUGUACCAGACUGAGGUGGACUCCAUCUCCUCUUCCUGGAGGGUUGCAGACAGUGAGAGUCCAGUCAAGAAGAUGUACUACUCUGUGGGGACUUACCCUCACGGGGAGGAUGUCCAGCCCAGGACUGAGGUGGACAUCCUGCUGACCGGCGAAGGGGCGCUACCCACUGGCAUCAAACCUACAACUGAUGGAAAACCCAAUAUUCUGACUCUGACAGCUGAAAAUAAACUUGGAUUGUCCGCAAGUAUUAUCUCCCCAUAUCUUGUGGUUGACAUCUCAUCUCCAACAAAAGGAAUACUGACAUGUGAAAAUUUUAUUCAGCCGAGGUCUGCAGUGGAGUGCACGUGGACAGGGUUCUAUGACGCCGAGAGUCAGAUUUUAGAGUUUGAGUUUGCUCUUGGCUCCCACGAGGGGCUGGAGGACAUCAUCGCACCUGUCAAACUGCCAGGACAUGCUGCAAGAUACGUGGUUUUAGGCUUAGUUGAUAAGGUGACCCACAAUCAGAGAUACUAUGCCAAGAUCAAAGCCAUCAACCAAUUAGGAAUGACGUCAUCAAGCAUCUCCAACGCCAUCAACGUGGACAACACCCCCCCGGCGCAGGGCACUGUGGUGGAGUUGAAGUCUGUCUACAUCAUCAACGUCACCGACGAUAUCGUCACCGAGAAACUGAACACCAACAAGUGUGACACAGAGGAAGACUGCCUGGCUAUAGACGCUGUGUGUCAGGAGUCUCUGUCUGCUGUCAAUGUGGCCUGGCAGACCUUCAACGAUGAAGAAACAGAGAUUGUCAAGUACGAGAUAGCUGUUGGCACUUCACCUGGAGGGGGACAACUGAGGGGGUUCUUUGAGACUGAUGACGUCACAAAGAGAUACCUUUCGGUCACAGGUCUGAACCUGAAGGGAGUGAGACAGAUAUUUGUGACGGUGAAAGCUACCAAUGAAGCUGAUCUCAGCACAAUAUCCACGUCUAACGGUAUCUACAUGUCCUACCUCAGUCAGGGCUUGGAACCGCUCACUCAUAUUGGAAUCUGGGAUGGUGAAAGCCAUGAUGGUGAUCUUGAUUUCCAGACAAGUCUGUCCCGUAUGGGGGCCAAGUGGGACGUGUCAGGUGACCCGUGUCCGGUGGUCAAGUACGAGUGGGCAAUACAAAGGGCUGACGGGCUGAGGGUGCAGGAAUACUUCAAUACAGAAGGAAGAACUAAUGGCGUCAACGACCAGCUGGCCAUGCGUAACAUGGAACGCUACUGCCAAUACCUACGUGUGACCAACGCCCUGAACUACACCUACACCAUCAGAUCGAACGGCAUCACCAUCGAGGAUGACCCCCUGGUGCCUGGACAGGUCAAUGAUGGAGAUGUCGUGGGAUUUGACCUUCAGUUCCUCCGAACUAAAAGUAAAGUCAGCGCCAACUGGGACAAGUUUGGUAGCGAUGGCAACGCUGACGGGGUGCCAACUGGAAUAAAAGCAGAAAACGUUCCCGAAGAGGAGAAAGAGAAAUCUUCCAGCCAAGAAGUCGCUUUCUAUGAAGUUGCCCUUGGAACAGACCGCCGAUUCCCCAAAACGCGUGGCAACGUCAUGCCGUUUGUCAACGUUGGCCUUAACAAAACUGUGACCUUCUACGACCUUGACCUCACCCCAGUCACGGCAAUAUAUUACUUCACAGUCAGAGCACACAGCCUUUCCGGGUCCAAGACGGCCGUCACGUCCAAUGGCUUCUCUGUUGGCUUUGAUGGAGGCGUCUCUGUGGGUUUCAUCGACAUGAAGGAAUUUGUCAACACUGACACCUAUGUAGAUGUAACAUGGGACGGGUUCGAAUCCAAGAUUGGUAUUAUGAUGUACUACGUCGGUCUCUCCAACAACACGGUGGCGAAGAACUAUAAAUGCGGACAUUUUACUGAAAGAGGCUCCGUCAGUGACGACGAGCGACGAGGCAUCUUCAACGUUGUGGACCUACAUAAUAUGGGGAAGGACACCUUCAUGAAGUUUGAAAAUCUGUCUCUGGAACAAAAUGGAGUCUACUAUGCUUGGGUCAUUGGUGCUGACAAGGCCGGAGAGUGCAACCUGACAAGUCACAUGUUCCAGGUGGACGUCACACCUCCAGUGAAAGGCAAGAUCAGAACAGGGCCCUAUUAUGACAUGAAACUGAGUUACUCGGCCAGCAGGGAGAGUCUUCAGACCUACUGGACAGGCUUCAGUGAUGAGGACUCGGGCAUCCGAUGCUACCACGCAGCCCUGCUGAAGAGAGCCUCCUGUGACGAAGACUCGGAGGAAGAAACUGUCGUAGAAUCCAUAGAGAUUGAUGUCAACUACACUUCUUAUAAAUUCAUGGACAUCACACUGCAGGCCAAUGCUGCCUACUUUGUGCGUCUCGAGGUGGAGAACUUUGCUGGCCUCAAGUCAAUGUUAUACUCCCCACCAAUCCUGUAUGACAACUCCAUUCCCUCCCCAGGCAUCGUCAUCGACGGACCCGACUUCACCAACGACAUCAGCUGGAGCGGCUCCGCCAAUACCGUUACGGGCACCUUCCUGCACCACCCUGUGACCGAUGGGUCUCCAUGUCCUGUCAGACAAAUCAGAUUUGAUGACUCGGAGUGGAUGUACCUGGAGUCUGACCGUAACCACGACAGCAACAACCGCAGCUUGACCUUGACCUACAGAUCAGCCAACGUGCAUCCCGAGUCCCGCAAAGUGGACAUCAAACUGGCCAGAGAUACCAAGGCUGACACCAUGUUUUCUGGAACCUACUUCAGAGAUGCUGACCUUGAUACUGACGGAGAGUAUAAGCUCUCUAUCCGAGCUGCAGCAGGUGACGGUCAAGCGGUCACCAGUGUCCUGUUCUGGGAUGGCCCAGAUGACUACAUCCUGGAGUACGACUACACACCAGUUCCGGACUGGACUGAGUCUAUCUGUGCUUGUUGCAGGGUGGAACCUGAGAAUGCAUCUUGUACAUGCAAUUGCGAAGCCUACCUACAAGAAAGGAAGAACAUCAGCAAGAGGUCUGUGGAUCAGGAUGAUCCUGGCUACGAGGUGAAGAAGCUGACGGAUGAGGAAAAGAAGAAGCUGCAGGAGACAGGCUCCAUCACCGGCAAGACUGAAAUUGGGAAUCCUAAUCUCCAUUCCAGGAAGGCCUGUGGAGUACAGUUAUUUGCAGGUGCAGCAGCCAAGUUGGUGUCAUGGUGUAGUUACGGAGAUAACCUCAUCGAAUCUGUAACAGCAGUGAGAGACCUCCUACAAGACCCUUCCAGAGAUUACCAUCAGUACAUGGUCAAGUUCACUACGCGGAGAUACGAAGCAAGGGGAUCAGAGGUUACCUGGUGCAUGUCAGUCUUCAUGGACAACGAUCUGAUGACGGAGCGGUGUGGGAUGCCACGUCUCUCUCCCGACACCAAACUCUACCUGGGAGUCUGGAAUUACAAGAACUAUAUUCCUGACACUGAACGAGAUUCGGAAGGACAUCUAAAGGUUUGGAGUGCUACGGCUUCAUUCCGUGACCUAGUGAUGCCAGCCGACAAGGAGCAGCUGUGUCGCUAUGGCAACCCUCUCCAAGGAGGUAACAACCCCAUUGUUCGGUAUGAGGCUGGAAUCGGGUCAGUUUCCGGUCUCUCUGAUGUCGUGCCGUACCAGCAGGUACAUACACCGUGUAUCCCCUGUCUGACUCCCUGUGACGUCUACACAUGUGACGCCUCAUGUGACAACUCAUCAAUAGACCAGGUCAAGAUCACUAUCAACGACCUUAACCUUACAGAAACAACUGUCGUGGAAGGAAAAGUAGUCCCUGUAUUGUACUACCUCACAGUGAAAGCUGUCCUCGGGUCUGGAACAGAGGCGGUAUCGUCAUCUGACGGCUUCCAGAUCGACACGUCACCGCCACUGUUUGACACCGACGUCAUGCUGUACAUCGACGUCACUCAGGGCAACUUCACCCCUGUGACGUACCAGGGAUCCAACGACACCAUCAAGGCUGUGUGGAAGUGCAAUGACAACCAGAGCGGUAUUAUGAAUUACGAGUGGGCGAUAGGCACAGCGCCAGGGGGAAAAGAGUUGCAGACAUUUGUAUCCACUAGGGAGUAUCCUGGAUCUGUGAACUCCGGACUUGGAGGACUCCUGGAACACAACAAGACGUACUACGUGACCGUCAGAUGUACCAACGGGGGUGGGCUGGUCACAACAUACGCUGAUCCCAGAGGUGUGACUGUUCUGCUGAAGCCUCCCAUUGUCGAUGACGUCAACACAACAAUAGUGGGUGCUGAAUCUCUUGGAGAGACAGUGGUGCCACCAAACUCCAUGAAAACCACAGACAAAAACACCGUGGGUGCUUCCUGGACGGUCUCUGCAGAUGAAAGUAUCAUACGAUAUGAUUUCUGUGUGGGGAGUUCCGAGUUCAGCAUCAGUGACAUCUUCCCCUGCACCUGGGUCGGCUACAACACAUCGGGGACGGUUACAGUAGAAGAUGGAUAUCUCAAACUAAACGGCCACAACAUCUACAUGCUAAGUCAGUACAAGGCAGGCUCCGAUGCCUCCGACAACACCACCACGGACAAGUCAGCCUUCACCAUGGCUCCUGGUACAGAGAUGUUCAUCUUCAUGAAGAUGUGUAAUGAGGCUCAACUGUGUACCCCCAAGUUAAUGGGCUCUAUCAUAGUGGAGACGGACAAGUCCACGAUGGCGACGUCGCCAGAUGGUUCUGCCGUUACUGUGGGUGUUGGUGGUGGUGUCAGAAGAAAGAGGGAUGUUUCAGGAGUAACUGUAUCAACACCAGAUGGACUCCAGGCCGGCCAGAGCAUCGUGGUCACUCAGCUCACAAAGCUUGAUCUAGAGACGGAAUACAAGUCUGACUCCUCGGUGGAGUUCGUUCCAUACAUCACUGACCCAUCUAUGUCAACCACAGAAGAUGCCUUCACGGACAGAAUCCUCAGAAAGAGGCUCAACUACCAGGAAACCGACCUCUCGUUCUCUCUGACCAGCAUUGGUAAUCUUCCCAUGCCAGGACCGGUGAAAGUGACCUUCACCUAUGAUCCCACGAUGACCGAUACAACGUUGAUGCUGCUUCACUGGAACACAGAUGCCAAACAGUGGCAACAGAGCAACAAGACCUGUCAACAUGAAACAGACACGGAGGUCAGAGACCCGGGGACCUCUCUGGUCACGGUCAAGGUGUGUAACACAAGGUCAACACAGGGCAGCAGUUCCAGACGUCGUCGUUCUGUGUCAGACACGUACUUCAGACACCCGACCCAGUUCCUGCUGACUUCAGCUCUGACACAGAUACCUAACUCACCCCCACAGCUCACCAGCACUACGUCUCUUGUCAUGCAGGAAGACCAGGGUACCAUGAUAUACCAGAUGACAUCCACAGACGCUCAUGGAGACGUGGUCAAGUACAAGAUGCGUGACGACUUCGUUGUGGGUGAUCUGGAACUGACUCUAUCAGAGGAUGGAUUAAUGACUUACACUCCAGCUUUAAAUUAUCACGGAUCAAUCGAGGUCCCUGUGGUUCUUUAUGAGAUGCCCCAAGUCGAAAUACCACCGGCAAACACUGCAGUAAAAAUCACCAUCACCAUCAACUCAGUCAACGACGCCCCCAGCGCCUUCGUCUUCAGUGACGGUGUCAGCUUCCUCCAUGCAGAUCCAGCACAUCCUGUUCAGAUUCUGUUGGAACAGGCACGCGUCAAUGACAGCAACCCCACGACGUACAUAUGGGAGUUUGGGGCGUACGACGUUGACGUUGACGACAACAUGACCAUCUAUUACACACUGCCGACUAGUGGGAAUCUCACUGUCAGUGACGGGAAGACCAAGGUUCCCUGUUCAUACAACACGAGCGGCAUCCCCUGUGAGAAGCUCAACCUCCCCCCACCAUUCCGACUCCCUCAACUGGGUCUACAGAACCUUUCAGUACCAACCUGAUCCUGGUUACUAUGGUUACGAUGAGGUCCGGGUAUACGCCCAGGACCAGGCAGGUUCAUACUCUGACGUCAUCACGAUCAAACCAACUGUGAUGGAGAGGCCA